AUGAAUGAAGAUGAUGUAGAUAAUGUGAUUGCGUAUCACGAAAAAUAUUUACAGUUAAACGUUAUUGACGAAUAUGAUAUUGACGAUAUCGACAAAGAAGAGAUUGAUGUUGAUAUAAAAAAGAUGAAUCAAACUGUGCAGACAUGGUUUUCGGAGGAAGAAAUGCUCAAUGAAUUUGAUUCUAAUGUUAAAACUGAUAUGCACCAAAUUUAUGGAUCUGUGUGGAAGCAACUGACAUCAGUUGCAUCACAAAACAGUAACAACAAAUCGAGUGAUACGCAUGUAUUUACAAAAAGCAGAAAAAGGAUCAAAGAUGAAGAAAGUGAUCAAAAGGCGCAUGAGACAAAUUUAAAUCCGCACGGGAGAUGCAUACUGAGGUUCAACAAACUGUACAUGCCAACUGUCCAUUUGUGGAGUAAUAAAUUACUUGGAGAUCUGGAUCGAUACCGUACAAUUGAUAAUGUUACUGCAGCUGGAACGUUAAGACAAGAGAUCGCUAAAAUUCAACGUACAACGGGAACAUCAGAAAAACGUAUGUCUUUCGUGAAAAAUGUGGCACUGAACAAAAAGACAUUAAAAAGAUUGGACUUAGUCGUUGGUCUUCUCUGUGAUGAUACAAUCGCGAUUCAAAAGCAAGCUGGACUUCAAUUAGCUGGUGCAACUAGGUCACGGCGUCUGAAAGAAUUGACUGAAAGAUGGUCGAAAAAAAAAUAG